AUGUCUGAGCCACGAAACUCCAUCGGUUCAUCUUCAAGAACAGAAGAAAGAUGGUCAACGCCGGACAUUUUGAUUUCUGAGAGCGAUGAGAAGUUUUUCCGAUCUCUGGAUGAGUUUGUCGAACAAGAGAAACGGUGCCUCCGGUGUCCGGAGAAGGGACCGGACGACCUCCGGUACACCGUCUACCGUCAAGUGUUUAAUAAGGUUAUUCGACGAGCAACGGGCUAUAAGAGACUUCUGCUGAGCAUAAAGGCGGAGUAUGAUGAUGUAAUCAGGGCGCUGCAGGGGAAGGAUGAUGAGGCCAGGGCGGCUCAGAGGACUCUGGCAGCCUCGACGUCACUCUCGAAAUCAUCAAUAACCUGCCAGAGACGAGCCGACCAACUGAGGGAGAGAAUCGGUGUAAUUCAGAGGGACACAGCAGAACUUCAAGAGGAGAUGAAGAGACAGAAAUCAUCUCAAGAGCAGAGCACAUGGAUACCUGGUUUGACGGUAGCGAACUCAGAGGACCCGGAGGCUCUGGACGCACACCUGAAGCAUCUUGAAUCCCAGAGAGCUGCUCUACUGGACAGGAAGACUCACUGCGUCUCUCUGGAGGUCAAAGCUGAGCUGGACGCCAAGUUGCAGACCGCCAAGGACCACAGAGACCAGCUGGACACCAAGAACUACCAACUGAAAGUCCUAUACAAGCGUCUGAGAUUAGUGUCUGACUGUCUGUCCAGCUGGGAGGGCGAGAGUCAGCAGGUUCCCCUGGAGGAACUCUUGGGUUCCACCCUGGAGAACAUCAGACAGACCAGCGUCACAGAGGAUGAAGGCCGCAGCAUCGACGUCCAACUGUUGGAGCUCAAAGAGCCGAGCCCAGCCGAUGAGUCUGAACUCCUGGCGGUUUACCUGAACAGGUUCGUUGAGCUCUUUGAUUCGGCGCAGUACGAGGAAGCUGCUCUGGUCGCUGCUCGCUCUCCUCGAGGAGUUCUGAGGAACCUCGACACCAUGGAGAUGUUUAAAGGUGUAAAGGGCCCCCCGGGCUCUCUCCCCCCUCUCUUCCUCUUCCUCCAUGCUCUACUGGUGUCCGUCCCGGACGGUGACGAGCUGCCGGCCGCUCUCUCCCUGCAGCUCGUGCUCUGUUCCCUGCAGCAGGGCGCCACGCAGCUCAUCACACACGGCGUCAACAACAACAAACUGACCUUCUCUGAGGAUAUGGGCGACAUCCUGACUGAGCAUGCUCAGAAGAACCCCGGCGUGGCUGACCUGUGUCUGGCGUUGGCCACCACCGUCUACGCGGCCUGCAGGCUGGACAGGAAGAUCGCACUGAGUCUCUGCAGGAGAGGCUUCAUCCACAGCGCUGCCGAGUUCAUGAGCCAUAGCCAGGACCUCACAGCUGAGGACUGUAUGCAGGUUCUGUCUCUCUCGCCCAGCCUCUCCCUCCUCCAGCUGUUGACAACGCCUCAAGAGGGCCAGGCCGCCAUCUUGUCGGUGGGCGUGACCUGUUACACGCUGCUGGCUGACCCUCAGCAGCAGCUCGCUCUGCAGCUCCUGGACAGCUUUGUCAGCAAAGGACAAGGGGUUUUGGAGGAGGCGAUCCUGCAGGACAGCAGCUCUUCAGUGGACCUUUGGACUGCCGUGGCUUCUCUGUGCUCUGAGCUGAACCGGGCUGACCUGAGCCGCGCCAUCCGGUCCAUUCUCCUGAACCAGAGCGGGACCAGAGUCCUGUCCCCGGACCUGGAAGGAGCCCGGCUCAUGGAUCACGUCUUCCUUUGAAAAAUGAAGCUGAAAGGUAGAAUAAUCAUAAACAGGCUUGUUUUUAGUUCUUUAAACAAUCACAAUAAUCUAGGGCGGCGCUAAAGUCCCACAUUGCACAAAAGUAGAACGGCAGAAUGAAGGAGCUCAUUUUUAGGUGUAAAUGUGCUUUUUACAAUUAUUCUGUGCCCAUUUUGGUAAUCCCAUUCACAGACAUUUGAUUCUUCAGUUAUCUAGGAGACCUUUGACCUUUGAUUUUUUCUUUGUUUCAGUGAGAUGACUCAGGUAAAAAUCUGAAGUAGUGGCGGCUGACAGACAGCAGGUGGCGACCAGAUUCACAAACUCAAAUUAAAAUGGCCUUCAAACACUCAUAUGCAGAGGUGGAGCAAUGAGAAUCAUAGUUUACUUAUAAAGCACCUUUAAAGCAAGCACAACAUUGUUAAAAUUAUAAUGUGUCCUAAUGCAACUCUCUUGUAGAUCUUCAUUUAUCUCAUAAAUUCAAGAAACUUCCGGAUCAUGCUUCUACUUUUCCCAGAGUUUGAUGAAAGAAACCUUCUAUGAAUGAAAUACUACAAAAGAGUAAAAGCUAGUAGUACCAGUGACCUGGAAGCAGUAGUCAAUACCACAGUAAUACCACAGUGUUGAAACACUAUAUGACAAGUUAACGACCUGCAUUCAAAAUGUUACUCAAGUAAAUAAUACUAUAAGAAUAUAACAUAUUUACAAAGUACCAAAAGUACAGAAUUGUCCACUAACAGAUUACUAGGUGGUAACAGAUGAUAACAUGUAACACCAUCGUCAUCAUGUAUUAUUUCAUGUUAAAUGUAAUAUGUUAGUUGCAGGGCUCUCAAGUCUCACGCAUUGAGCGUGAGACUCAU